GAAAGUGCUGUUCUAGACGAGGUCCCGAUCGCCAAGCAACUGUAUAUAAAUACGAGUAUCUAUCAACUGAAUAGUAUAAACAAAUAGCAAGCAGAAACUAUGAAUCGUUGGCUAAAUCGCGUUGCUGUUGUCACUGGCGCCAGUUCUGGAAUCGGAGCUGCCGUCUGCAAGGAUUUGGUGGCCAAGGGCAUGGUGGUCUUGGGUCUGGCACGUCGCGAGGAGCGUCUAAAGGAGCUGAAGUCAUCGCUGCCGGCGGAACAGGCCAGUCGUUUCCAUGGACGCAGAUGCGAUGUCAGCCAGGAGCAGGAGGUGAUCGAUGCCUUCGCCUGGAUCGAUGCCACACUGGGUGGCGCCGAUGUGCUGGUGAACAAUGCUGGCAUUGUUCGUGUUGGAGUGGGCAUCACCAGUGAGAGCAAUUCCGCUGAUUUGCGUGCCAUUCUGGAUACCAAUGUGCUGGGUGUUUCGUGGUGCACCCGCGAGGCAUUCAAGUCCCUGCAGAAGCGCAAUGUGAACGAUGGACACAUCCUGAUCGUCAACAGUGUCGCCGGCCAUCGGGUGGUCACCAGUCCUGGUUUCAUCAUGGGCAUGUACUCGCCAUCGAAGUUUGCCGUCACCGCGCUGACGGAGGUGCUGCGUCAUGAGUUCCUCACCAGCAAGACCCAGACCAAGAUCACGAGCAUAAGUCCCGGUGCCGUGGAUACGGAGAUCAUCGACAAGAAGGCCCUGCAACUUUUUCCCGAUUUACCAUUGCUUCGCUCCGAGGAUGUGGCCGAUGCCAUCAGCUACUGCAUCCAAACGCCGCCCAGUGUCCAGAUCCACGAGCUGAUCAUCAAGCCCGUUGGCGAAACCAUCUAGGGUAGCAAACUGCCUCUACUGGGCACAAAGUUGAUCGUUUGUGAUAUCUCAAGAGAUCUUAACUUCUGAACUAACUAUUUCAAUUAUGACAAAUGCAUUCAAACAUUAUAUGAUUAAAACCCCUUAGGGAACAAUAUCUAACUUUUCUAAAAUGUAUUGUUUAUGUGCUGUAAUCAAAACAUUUGUUUAUCAAACAGCUUUGCAACCCUUUCGCGACGAUUCGGUAGAUAAGAUAAGGUUCUAUUUGUAGCUCACACUUGUUAUGGUUUAAAUUUGAUUUCGUUUACUUACCAUUAAGUGUAAGAUAAAUAUACAGCUACUAAACCUAAGGUCCCACAGUCGUGUAGGGCCUUUUUGUGGGCUCCACAUGUUGGGGCUGUGGGCGUGGCGAUCGGAUCUGAAAAUAAAAACAUAAUAAUAAUCAGUCAA